AUGUUAACGCCAACGUUGAGGAUAGGUGAUUGCGCUGGUGGACAUCGGCUAGAAAAUCGAGGUAAAAAUCGGGAUGUGAUGGUGGUACCUCCCGAUCAUGCUCGACCGUAUUUGCAAACGUUACAUGGUGAAAGCAAGGAUUACACUUAUAUCAAUGCGGUUGAAGUGGACGGAUUUAGGCGAAAAAGUGAAUUUAUUGUCACCGAAUGGCCGAAAACCUCAACGCUGGAUAGUUUCUGGACACUGGUAUUCGAUCACAGCUGUCACACCAUCGUGAAUUUGAGUAAUCAGGGUCAUUCUCGAGUUAGUUCACCUUUUCUUUGGAUUAUGACAGUGAUAAGAUCCCACUAG